UACUACUGCUUGUUUAAUCAAGAGAUACGGACGACGAAGCAAAUACAGUAUCAUACUUGUGGAAGGGAUCAAAUGUCUACUCAAAGCGUGUUUUCCACAUCACGGCAAAACAAUGAUACUGUUCAAAGAGGGUGGGAGAAAAAAAAUAACCAAACUCAAUAUAAAGGGCCAUUGCCCACUGUAUUACUAUCGUUCUUCGUUGACAGCGAGCCCACAGUGGCAACAAUGACGUGGAGAGUUGUGUGGUUGUGUUUCCUUGCUUUUUGGGUUGCCAAUGUCAUUGACAUCGAAGCCAAACCAGUUUACAAGAGUACAUGUAGCACAUGGGGCAGGAAGCACUUCAAGACAUUUGAUGGUGAUGUAUACCAGUUUCCUGGUAUGUGUGAAUACACGCUGGUCUCAGACUGCAACAAUUCCCCAAAGGAGUUCUCAGUGGACAUAAAAAGGAAAGAGAAUGAAGGAAACUCUACAAUAAGUUUUGUGGUGGUGGACAUUAAAAAUAUUUAUUCCUUUAACCUCAGCAAGGAUUUGGUCACUCUGAAUGACCAGAGUGUCAAAAUGCCAUACUACCAGGCCGGAAUACAACUGGAAAAAAAUGACUUUUACAUCAAGCUCCACACAAAAGUUGGCAUCACUGUCAUGUGGUACAACAAUGCAGUCAUGGUGGAAAUUGGUGAUGAAUAUGUUAAUCGCACUUGUGGACUUUGUGGAAAUUUCAAUGGCAAUUCAGACUACAAUGACUUCAGUGAUGAAGUUCAACAAAUCAGCCCCAUUAAGUUUGGCAAGAAAUGGAGAACCCCUCGUCCAAAUGAUAACUGUGAGGACCCCAAUGAAGAGGCAGAUACAUCACUGGAGACUGAGAAUGUGACAGAGGAGUGCGAGGAGUUUGAAAACAUCUGCAAAGACUUCUUUGAAGACGAAUCUUGGAGCUCCUGCACCGAUCAGAUUGACCCUGAGCCUUACAUUAAAGCCUGUAUGCAGGAUAUGUGCCGCUGUAGCAAUACAAAUGACUCCUGUGUCUGCAGCACAUACUCUGAGUUCUCUCGACAGUGCUCCCAUGCUGGGGGAAUACCUCCCAACUGGAGGACUCCUGGGUUGUGUGCUAAACACUGUCCGCCCACCAUGGUAUAUGAUGAGUAUGGGUCUCCUUGCAUCGAUACCUGCAGAUUCCCAGACACAAGUUUACUUUGUGAAGAUCACAAUAUAGAUGGCUGCUUCUGUCCUCCUGGAACUGUGUUUGAUGAUGUUUCCAUGAGGGGAUGUAUUCCUCGUUCUGACUGUCCGUGCAAACAUGACAAAAUCUAUGAGUCCAAUGAGGUUUACCAAGAGCAGGGAAAAAACUGUACAUGUUUUGCAGGUAAAUGGUCUUGUGAGAGUCUUCAAAUGCAUGCUACAUGUUCAGUUGAAGAGGGUUCACACAUAACCACCUUUGAUGGGAAAGACUUCACCUUCCAUGGAGACUGUUUCUACACUCUGGCUAAAGUGGAAAGCAAGGAUUAUCUGAGCCCAAAUUUUACCAUUCUGGUCCAUUUGACACAAUGUUCAGAUCACCAGUACGACACUUGUCUCAAGACCUUGAAAAUUCAGCUGAACAGUGACAAAAACAAUGCCAUAAUUUUCACCUCUGAAGGCAGAGUGAAGAUGAAGAAUGGACAGGAGGUCACUUUGCCUUAUGACUCAGGAGACAUCAGUAUAUUCCAUGCUUCAUCCUUUCACAUCAUGCUCCAGACAAGCUUUGGUUUACAAAUUCAGAUCCAGCAUGUGCCUCUGAUGCAAGUCUAUGUCAGUCUGGAGCAGAGCUACAGAGAAAAGACACGUGGUUUAUGUGGGAAUUACAACAUGAUCCAAUCUGAUGACAUGAAGACUCCUCAGGGCAUGGUGGAGGGAAAAGAAGGAAGUUUUAGUAAUUCUUGGAAAACUGACUAUACAUGCAAAGAUGGACAAGGACGACUUGAUGACCCUUGCUCUCUUAGCAUGGAAAAUGAAAAGUAUGCCAAGCACUGGUGCGCCUUGCUACGACAGUCAAAUAGUACCUUUGCACGGUGCCAUUCUGUGAUGGAUCCUGAGAUUUACUACAAGCGAUGUAUUUAUGCUAGCUGUAACUGUGAGAAGAGCGAGGACUGCCUGUGUGCUGUUUUCUCCUCCUAUGCAAGAGCUUGUGCAUCAAAGGGAGUGUUCUUGACAGACUGGAGAAAGGAUGCAUGCAACAAACACACUAAGAACUGCCCAAAAUCUCAGACCUUCUCUUACAUACAUCAGAGAUGCCAGCUGACUUGCAGAUCACUGAGCUCAAAGGAGCAGAGCUGCACCUCUGAUUUCUUACCUGUGGAUGGCUGUUCCUGCGCUGAGGGUCACUACCUACAUGACAACAGCAUGUGUGUUCCCAAAGCAAAGUGUCCCUGUUAUCAUAAUGAAGAAACCAUUGAACCAGAGAAGACCAUCAGCAUCAGAGAUGACCAUUGCGUGUGCACUGAUGGAGUUCUUCAUUGCGAUCCUCGGGCAGCUGGCUCUUUAACAUGCCCUUCUCCAAAAAAAUACUUCAACUGCUCCAUUGCAGACGUAGGAGAUGUUGGACUGCAGUGUGCUCGAACUUGUUUAAAUCUUGACAAUGAAUGCGAUGCCACUGAGUGUAAAUCUGGCUGUCUCUGUCCCAGAGGCCUUGUCAAUGAUGGUAAAGGUUCCUGUGUAAAAGAAAAUCAAUGUCCAUGUCAGCAUGGCGAGAAACUUUAUUCCAGUGGAGACAAAAUUGAUGUGAAAUGCAACACCUGUACCUGCAGAAGUGGCAAAUGGGAAUGCACAAGCAAUAAAUGUCCAGGAACCUGUAUUAUUACUGGAAGUAGACACUACAUUACAUUUGAUCAGAAAGCAUAUGAGUUUCAAGGACUGUGUCCCUAUGUUGCUGUCAUGAAUAACUGCGACAAUAAAACAGCUGAAGAGAACUUUAGAAUUAUCAUAGAAAAUGAGAUGUGUGAAUCUUCAAACACCAUAUGUUCCCGAAAGAUCAAGAUCCAGCUGGGGAGAAAGGAAAUCACACUAUCAAAGGAUAAAUAUGAAGAGGAUGAAAGUUUUCAAAAUGAUAAUGAGAUCUGGUACACCAAAAGAAAGUUUGGUUUCUAUCUGUUCAUCGAAUUUAACAUUGGUCUGACAUUUGUAUGGGAUCACAAAACAAAUCUUCACAUCCAUCUGGAACCACAGCACAGUGGUAAGGUGUGCGGCCAAUGUGGAGAUUUUGAUGGUAAUGCACAGAAUGACUUCACCACCCAGGGUCAGCUGAUAGUGAGCAAUCCUCUAGAAUUUGCAAACAGCUGGAAAGCAUCCAGCAAUUGCCCAGAUGUGAAAACUAAUCUUGACACUUGUACAUCAACAUCCAGACUAACCUGGGCAAGAAGAAAGUGUAAUAUUAUAAAAGAGCCAGGAUUCAAAGAGUGCCAUAAUAAGAUAGAUCCUCAUCAAUAUUAUGAAAACUGUGUCAGAGAGACAUGUGGCUGCGACACUGGCGGAGACUGUGAGUGUUUCUGCACAGCGGUUAAAAAUUAUGCUCAGGCGUGUGCUGAGGCUGGUGUUUGUGUUGCAUGGAGAACUCCAGAGAUCUGUCGCACUGAAAAAUGGAGUACAUCUGAAACUACCUUAUUCACAGUAUGGUGUUAAGAUCACGAAUUCAGGAUUUGACUUGGUUUUGGAGAUCCCAUUACUAGAAGUGGUCAUUACAUUCGGAAGAACUGGCUUCAGUGUUAAUCUUCCAUAUAAAUAUUUUGGCAAAAACA